AUGGUCAAUUACGUUUUAUUUGAAACAGCCUCAGGUUACGCUUUAUUUGAACGUCUUCAAUCAGAAGAAAUUGGUUCCAAGUUGGAAUCAGUUCAAAAGUCCAUUUUAGAUCUUCCCAAGUUUAGCAAAAUGGUUAAGCUCAAGUCUUUUGCUCCUUUCAAGAACGCUGCUGAUGCUUUGGAAAAUGCUAACGAUGUUUCUGAAGGUAUCGUCAACCCUUCCUUGAAAGCUUUCUUGGAAAUCAACCUUCCCAAGGCCGGCAAGAAGAACAAGGUUGUUUUAGGUGUUGCUGAAAAGAACUUGGCUGGUGCCAUUAAGGCUGAAGUUAAUGUUGAAUGUGCCUCUGAUGAGCUUGUUCAAGAGCUUGUUCGUGGUAUCCGUUUCUGGUCAGAAAAGUUAUUGAGUCAGUUAAAGACUGGUGAUCUGGAAAAGGCUCAACUCGGUCUCGGUCACAGUUAUUCUCGUGCCAAGGUCAAGUUCAAUGUGAAUCGUGCUGAUAACAUGAUUAUUCAAGCCAUUGCUUUAUUGGAUCAAUUGGACAAAGAUAUCAACACAUUCGCUAUGCGUGUCAAGGAAUGGUAUUCAUGGCACUUUCCUGAAAUGAUCAAGAUUGUCAAUGACAAUUAUAAAUAUGCCAAGCUUGUCAAGAUUGUCAAGAACAAAGGUGAACUUAACGAAGAAAAAUUGGAGUCUAUUGCCGAACUUCUCGAGGGAGAUGAAUCCACCGCCAAGCAAAUCCUCGACGCUGCUCGUUCAUCCAUGGGUACAGACAUUUCACCCGUUGACAUGAUUAACAUUCAAAACUUUGCCGACCGUGUUGUCAGUCUUGCUGAAUACCGUAAGAACCUUCACAACUACUUGAUUACCAAGAUGAACUAUGUUGCUCCUAACCUUGCCGCUUUGAUUGGUGAAAUGGUUGGUGCUCGAUUAAUCUCUCAAGCUGGUUCUUUGACCAAUUUGUCUAAAUAUCCUGCUUCUACUCUUCAAAUCUUGGGCGCUGAAAAAGCUCUCUUUAGAGCAUUAAAGACAAAGGGUAACACUCCCAAGUAUGGUUUGAUCUAUCACUCUUCCUUCAUUGGUCGUGCUGGUCAAAAGAACAAGGGCCGUAUCUCUCGUUACCUUGCCAACAAAUGUACCAUUGCUGCUCGUAUCGAUUGCUUUACUGAAACACCCACUGAUAAGUUUGGUAAGGCCUUAAAGAAGCAAGUAGAAGAUCGUCUUGCAUUCUAUGACAGCGGUGCUCUUCCCGAGAAGAAUGUCUCUGUCAUGAAGAAGGUUAUGUCUGAAUUAGACAUUGAUGAAGAAAUUGAAGAAACUGAAAAGCCUGCUGGUGUCAAGAGAACUCGUUCAGAAAUUGAAGAUGAAGAUCAACCUGCUAAAAAGUCCAAGAAGGAGAAGAAGGAAAAGAAGGACAAGAAGGAGAAGAAGGACAAGAAAGAAAAGAAGGAGAAAAAGGAAAAGAAAGAAAAGAAGAGCACGAUUUAA